AUGUUCAGUUUUGGUAAUAUCAAUGAGAAGUUACGGGUCUCACGACUCGACUGCACCGGUGAGACAGUCGUGGAUCUGUUCGCAGGAAUCGGUUACUUUACGCUUGUGUUUGCCGUUCACUGUCGACCAGAACUGAUCCAUUCGUGUGAAUGGAAUCCAAACGCCGUCGAAGCCCUCCGAAGAAACCUCGAACUCAAUCGAGUGUCCCAUAAAUGUGUCGUCCAUUUCGGCGACAAUAGACUCCUGUGUCCGGUCGGUGUCGCCGAUCGGGUCUAUAUGGGACUCAUACCGACCUCAUUGGACAGUCUUCGGGUGGCCUGUCGUGCGCUUUCCAUAAAGAGCUUAAAACUUAUUUUACAUAUUCAUGAAAAUGUUUCACACUUUGGCUCUAAAGACAGAACUCAGGUGUGGAGGGAUUGGGCGCUGGAUUUGUGCUUAAAAGUCAAUGAAAUCAUGUUAUCAUUAUAUCCGAGCAUCAAAUGGUCGAUUGAAAUACUGGACAUCAAUAAAGUGAAGUCUUAUGCGCCACAUAUCGAUCAUUUAGUCGCUGAUAUAAAGUGCAAUCAAAUUAAUAGAUAA